CGGCAUCUUCAUAAUGCUGACGCGCUACUUUUAGGACCAUGGGAUAUCAUAGGUGUUGCCAGGGGGUCUUCAAGCGCUACGCUGGACAUGUAUUUUCAUAGAGCGGCCGAGGUCAUGUAGCCAUGCAUCGUUAAUUUAGUCUGAGGAAAUAGUAGGGCAUUGAACGGAAGAAAUGAUAAGGAAAGGUCUUCCUUCUAUCAAAGGGAUCCGCUUGGAGAAGCGGCCAUAAUGAUGAGCGUUGCUUGUUAUGCAGCUGUUCAGCUGAUAUGUAUGAGUAUUUUGCCAGUCACAGUUCACUCCUGCUUUCCAAAAUCCGUAACCGCUGGCAGGACCCGCUGUAUGCAUGUAUGACGUUGCAGGUGGCCUCACUGAUAUACCGGGUGCAUCCAUCUGAUGGAAGACUCAAUUUUAUUCUUUAUGACAAUGUCUCUACCUGAAAACACGACGGUACUUAUCGUCGGCGCAGGGCCCGCUGGUCUCACAGCUGCUCUUUCUCUCGCCUACCACGGGUGUCGUGACUUCGUUAUUGCCGAUGCCACAGUCGAAGGAAAAAAUGCAUCACGGGCUUAUUCCAUAAACUCUGCAACCGUCGAGGCUUUAGCCAGCAUCAAUGCAGCAGACGGCUUACUGUCUCAAGCCAUCAAGGCGAAGAGUAUCAGAAUCGCAUCCCGGGGUUCACAGAUCUUUGAGGCCAAAUUCGACCCUCUAAAGAAAUAUCCUGCCUACCCUUACCCACUCGUUACCCCUCAAAAUGUGACGGAGCUUGCCCUGGGGCAGAAGCUGAAGAGCCUUGGAGUUAAAGUACAGCGUCCGCACAGGGUGGUUGGAAUGAAACAGAGCGAGAAGGAUUCUCGCAUUACCGAUGUCUCCUUUGAGGACGGUCAAAUAAUCAGAGCUAGAUAUAUCAUCGGCGCAGAUGGCGCCCGCUCAUCGAUCCGUACCAUUGCUGGAAUUGGCUUCUGUGAUCCAGAAAGCCCGAAUCUAGUCAGUGAUGUACUCUCUCAAAUGGUCGCUGCAGAUGUUACGUUCGAGCCCGAACCUACCGGUCCGCUAACCCUCGAGGGUCACCUCAAUGGCACGGUUUCGUCAGACAGCUUCUUCAUGCUUAUACCAUUCGGUAACCGCUUCAAUGUGGAGCUGACGCGAGAUGGAGAGCCCACCACAAAAUCUGUCUUCCGUGUAAGUUGUGCCAUACCGGUGAAGAACGGAGAGCCACCCCAUGCGCCACCAAAAGAGUACAUCCAAGACAUGAUCGACACAUACGGCCCAGCAUGUAUAACAUCGGAUUCCUCUCUUAACAGGUCACCUGUUAAGAUCGACCAGUUGUUCUGGUCCGCACGUUUCAGAACCCAUUCGGCAAUCGCUGACCGCACAUUCACACGUCUUGGCGCUGCUAUUGUCCUAGUUGGGGACGCAGCCCAUGUACAUUCACCCGCGGGCGGCCAGGGCAUGAACCUGGCUAUUAGGGACGCGAUCUUCCUUGCAGAGGCUGUUACAAAGCACAUCCAGGCCUCUGCAGAAGAUCCAGAUGUAGAUGAUACCAUUCUGCAGGAAAUUGCGAAAGCGCGUCACGCGCGAGCGCUAGAAACCAUUGACUUCACCAAGAAACUUCUGAAACUCGCAAGCCUUGGGUAUGAUCCAUAUGCCUGGUGGAUGCCGUUCAGUUGGGCUUCUAUUCGCGACCUGACACUACGGAUAUUGGGCAGAUUUGAUUUCGUGCAGUCGAGUGUUGCAUGGGGAAUGAGUGGGCUUGGACGACGCUGA